GGAGACAUCAACAACAGACUUAGAGACUGGGGGUGAGACAGCCUCAGAAUUCCAGUCUGAGACGGCCCCACUCCAGGUUGAGACGGCCCCACUCCAGGCUGAGAAGAGCUCAUCAGUCCAGGGUGGGACGGGCACAACAGUCCAAGCUACUAUGGGUCCAACAGUCCAGGGUGAGACAGCCUCAUUACAAGGUGAGCCAGGCACAACAGUCCAGUCUAUGACGGGCCCAACAGUCCAGGGUGAGAUGGCCUCAUUCCAAGGUGAGUCGGGCACAACAUUCGAUUCUAUGAAGGGCCCAACAGUCCAGGGUGAGACGGCCCCACUCCAAGGUGAGAUGGGCACAACAGUCCAAAGUGAGACAUCCUCUCCGGUCCAGGGUGAGACUGUCCAGGGCGAGGUGGCCCCAUCUGGCCUGGAUGAGAUGGCCCCACUGCCCAGUGAGACGGGCUCACCAGUCCAGGGUGAGAUGACACCGUUUCAGGGGGAAACAGCCCCAGGUGAAGGUGAGACGGCCCCAGGUGAAGGUGAGACGGUCCCAGGAGAAGGUGAGGCGGCCCCAGGAGAAGGUGAGGCGGCCCCAGGAGAAGGUGAGGCGGCCCCAGGAGAAGGUGAGACGGCCCCAGGUGAAGGUGAGACGGCCCCAGGUGAACAUGUGACAGCUCCACCUGGCCAGAAUGUGACAGCCUCACUCCAGGAUGUGAUAGCCCCUGUCCCGGGUGAGACAGCCCAAGCAGGUUUGGAGUCAUCAUCUGAGACCUCCCAGCCAUCACAUGCCAAGAGUAUGCUGCAGGGCCCUCUCUUUGGGCUACUGAUCUGCUCCUCUAUAGCCCUGAUAGCAGCCCUGGGUGUCAGGCGACUUUACUGAAGAACGUGGAAAGCUAAAUCAAAGUCCUAAAUGCUCAGCGUUGACAACCAAUAGAGCUUCUAAGCACCCAAAGAAAAGGGCUUCAGACUUGGGGAAGAAUUAAAUACGUGUCUUAUUGUCUAAGUAUCUGACUCACUCCUCUGGACCGAUGCAUACUUGGGGUUCCCUGAGAGGCGAGAACUAGAGAUGGGCUCCUGCCUCAGGGAGGAGGGUGUGGAUCCUGGGACCCAUGAGUUCUGGUGGAGGGGAACUACGGACUGUAAUAUAAUUCCAGAAUCAAGAAAUAAGGCAGGGCCUACUCUCAGAUCUCCUCCCCCAGGCCUGGUCUCCUCACAGGACGCCCCCUCCCAGCUCUUCCUGCCGGGUUUCCUUUUGCCUUUUCCUGUCCCCCACCCAGUGCCUGGAGCUGGGACAUAGGCAAAGCCUUUUCAAAAGCAGAGGCAUUGGGACCAAACGGCAGGCCGACAGACCCAGGCCCUCCGGGUGCUGCCGGACCUGCAAAAGGGCCAUGCUAUCUGGUGAAAGGAAGGAGGGCGGAAGCCCCCGCUUUGGAAAGCUUCAUCUCCCUGUGGGCCUGUGGAUCAAUUCCCCCCGGAAGCAGCUGGCCAAGCUGGGGCGGCGUUGGCCCAGCGCUGCCUCUGUCAAGUCUUCGUCUUCCGACACGGGGAGCCGCAGCAGCGAGCCGCUGCCCCCGCCCCCGCCGCACGUGGAACUGCGGCGAGUGGGCGCGGUGAAAGCGGCGGGGGGAGCUUCGGGGAGCCGCGCCAAGCGCAUCUCUCAGCUCUUCCGGGGUUCGGGGACCGGGACCACCGGAUCUGGCGGCGCUGGAGGACCCGGGACUCCAGGGGGCGCGCAGCGCUGGGCCAGCGAGAAGAAGCUGCCAGAAUUGGCGGCGGGCGUGGCCCCGGAACCCCCUUUGGCGUCCCGCGCCACUGCGCCCCCGGGGGUCCUAAAGAUCUUUGGCGCGGGCUUGACGUCGGGUGCCAACUAUAAGAGUGUGCUGGCUACGGCGCGCUCCACAGCGCGGGAGCUGGUGGCUGAAGCGCUGGAGCGCUAUGGGCUGGCCAGCAGCCCCGGCAGCGGCCCUGGCGAGAGCAGCGGCGUGGACGCCUUCGCGCUGUGCGACGCGCUGG